UCCGCCCCGUUUCCCAUAGUGGGAAGUGUCCUGAGACUCCGGCAGGCAGCUUCUUGUACGGACAGUGCUGGGACUCAUCCUGCCCGCUCCGCUCAUGUAUACAGUCCGGAUCACUACAAUGGAUUAAACGGCAACUUUGAUGGAAGAAGGAACAUGAGUUCUGAUAUCAAGAAGCCUCCAAUUGCUCCAAAGCCGAAACAUGUAUCCAUUCAGAAACCUAGCCCACCACCAGUUGCUCCCAAGCCAGAUGUAGUUCAGGCCAAAGUGUCACCGGCUUCAAAAAAAUUAAAGCCAACAAUAGCUCCAAAGCCAAAGGUCCUUCAAAGCUCAUCUGUCUCUGAAGAGUGGAGACAAAGUGACAUUAAAUCAAAUGGUAUUAACAAUGAUGAACACAAAGGUGCAGAAUCUGAAACGCUCAAUUAUAAGCAUGAAACAUUCGACCACGACGAAAGAUCAAAUGUAACGUAUAUAAUUUCACCUUGUUCCUGCAGUUUUGACUGCAAUCACAAGCUUGGCAAUGGAGAUUCUUUUCAGAAAGCCCAAAAGGUAAUAGAACAGCUGGAAAACUUAGAAAAUAAGAAAAUGUGUGGGCAGCCAGUUCCCUGUGUAAGAACAAGAUGGAAAACUUGCACUCAACAGGACACGUUGGCUAAAGCAAACCAAGUCAUUCUGAGGGCCAGCAUUUUAGAAGACAAGGUUAAAGAUGUUAUAACUCAUAAUCUCUUUGCCAAUGGACACGCCUACAAGCAGGAGAACUCUGAAAAAUGCAUUAGGACAACCGGUCACAAUGUUAUUGCAAGUUCAACUGAAUUGAGCGAAUGGGAGAUGCCUUUUUCAAAUAUGGAUAAACUUACUAGUAACACAAAAAAACUUAAUUCAUUAGUCAAAGAGCCUGUUGUUGCUCCCUCUCAGGAUGUUCCAUCUGAUCCAGAGCAUGAAACCAUUGAUCAUGUGAAAGAAUGCAAUGGAAUACCACUUGACAAAAGGCCUUUCUCAACAGAACACAGUGGAAGGUCCAAAUGUCUACCACGAGCUCCACCUCCACAUAAGUCCCUUCCAGUUCCAAAACCAAGGAGGUUGCGAACACCGUGUCUUGUGCGACAAGAUUGUGUGGAUGGCAUUGCAGAAAACAACGGUGAUCAUGGAACGUUCGGCGAUAGUUCACCAACAAACUAUCAGCCAGGACAGAAUGAAGUUGGACAUUCUAAUGAUGAAUACAUUAUACCUAACAUUUUAGAUCCAGAGUAUCAAGAUAUUCAAAAUUGUGAAUCUAAUGUUGGUCAUUCAAGUACAGAACUGACUCCAACUGGUGUUGAAAACGAAAUGAAAUCUGUGGCUGAGGAAGAUAGCAAUUUUAAAAGGUGCAGCUCCCUGUCAAUGAGCUUACCGAAACAAUUGAAACUUAUUUAUGAACAGCAGCUGCCUGUUAGGAAUGCUGCCAUGGAAAAGCACCUUGCACCCAACACACCAGCUGCAAGUUCACCAAGAGUUGCUCCAAAAAAGCCUCAAAGAUUCAGCCUACCGGCAGCUGGACUGCUCAAGAAGGCUGCUUCUGAGGAAAAACUUUACAGUUCCAAUGGCAGCAGCUCUUAUGCUACUUUGGGACAUGAAGGGACUUUCCAAAAUCGAUCACAGACUUCGGAAAAACCAUUGUGGAAGUUGGAGCACCCAAUAUUACCUUUUCUUGGAAGCCCAGAAUCACUCAAAACCUCUUUAAGUAAUGACCGUACCAAUCCACUCACCAAGCCCAGAGCCAAGUCUUUGUCUGCUGUGGAUAUGAAUAGAAUAGAAAGCCAAACAAACGAAAGUCCUAAAAAAAAUGCAUUAAAGAAGUUUCUUAACUUGAAACUGUCAGUUUGUGUAAUAAAAAAUGACUUUCAAAAAUUCUUAUCCCGUGGCAGUUUGUCGGGAGACGGCGGCACCUCUGAUAUCUUUUCCUGUACUGGACACUCGUCAUCUCCAACUUUAGAGAGGAAGGUGAAACCAUCAAAAGCACAUUCCGCUGAUUCCUUCAGUCCACUGUCUAAGAAAAAACAGAAAAACAAGAAUGACUUCAGUCCUGUAAAUAAUCCCACCUCAAAGUCUUUGGAUGAUAGUUUGGUAUCACUACAGAGAACACAGGUGGCAUCUUCAACAGAGAUGCCAGAGUCUGAUAUACCAGAGUAUGAAAAUAUAUGUCACUAUGAAGAAAUCCCGGAAUAUGAAAAUCUGCCAUUCACUGUAGUUUCAGAUAUAAAUGAAUGUGAUGCAACUAUCUAUGAGGUCGAAGACCCAAUUGAAUUUUUACAUUCUUCAACGGGCCUGCAGGGUAACCAUAGUGAAGCAUCCCAAGAAGACCCUGAGGAUGAUAUGGGUAUGGUCCUCUCAGAUGAAGAAGAAAUACUCAAUAGCUCAGAUGAGGAUGAAUUUAGCUCGGACUCCAGCAAAGCAGAUCUUGAUAAUCUGGAAUGUAAAUCGGAAAAGAAACCAAGAAAGAAGACAAAAGUAUACUACAUUGCUAAAGAGAUCAUGAGCUCAGAAAAAGUGUUUGUUGAUGUCCUUAAGCUGUUGCAUAUUGAUUUCCGCUAUGCUGUGGCUCAAACAUCCCAAAACCUCGGGAAGCCAGUGAUUGAGGACAGGAUCCUGAAUCAAAUCCUGUACUACCUGCCACAGCUGUAUGAACUGAACCGUGACGUACUGCGGGAACUGAAGGAGAGGAUGUCUCAAUGGAAUGAGCACCAGAAGAUUGCUGAUAUUUUUGUCAAGAAGGGUCCUUACCUCAAGAUGUAUUCGACCUACAUUCGAGAAUUUGAUCGGAAUGUGGCACUAUUGGAUGAGCAGUGCAAGAAGAAUUCUGCAUUUGCUGGAGUUGUUAAAGACUUUGAGAUCAGCCCUCGUUGUGCCAACUUGGCUCUGAAGCACUAUUUACUCAAACCAGUUCAAAGGAUUCCUCAGUACAGAUUACUUUUAACAGAUUAUCUAAAGAACCUUUCAGAAGAAUCAUCAGACUACAGUGACACACAAGCUGCCCUGAGUGUCGUGACUGAGGUUGCUAAUCAUGCCAAUGACAUCUUGAAGCAAGGGGACAACUUUCAAAAGCUGAUGCAGAUCCAGUAUAGUUUAAAUGGCCAUCAUGAGAUUGUGCAGCCUGGAAGGGUUUUUCUAAAAGAGGGGACUUUGAUGAAGCUUUCCCGGAAGGUUAUGCAGCCACGAAUGUUUUUCUUGUUCAAUGAUGCCUUGCUGUAUACGACCCUAGUUCAGUCGGGGAUGUUUAAACUUAACAACAUGCUCUCUUUGGCUGGAAUGAAGGUGAGAAAACCAACACAAGAGGCCUACCAGAAUGAGCUAAACAUAGAAAGUGUGGAGAGGUCCUUCAUUUUGUCAGCCAGUUCUGCUACUGAAAGGGAUGAUUGGCUUGAAGCAAUUUCCACGGCAAUUGAAGAAUAUGCCAAGAAGAAAACAACCUUUAACCCAACAAAAAGUCAAGAAGAGACUGACCCCGAAGAGGAAGGAGAUAAUACACUUGGCACAAAAGCACCCAUUUGGAUUCCUGAUGGCAGAGCUACCAUGUGUAUGAUUUGUACUAGUGAAUUUACACUGACCUACAGGAGACAUCACUGCAGAGCAUGUGGCAAGAUUGUAUGUCAAGCAUGUUCAACUAACAAGUACAGCUUGGAGUAUCUCAAGUAUCAUUUAGCCAGAGUAUGUGACCUGUGUUUUCAGGAACUGCAGAAACAAGAUAGUCCAAGCACAGCCAAAUCAAGUUCUCCUGCAAACCAUAAGUCCCCGUCCAGUGCCCUUUCUUCGGUGCUACAUAGCAUUCCAUCUGGAAGGAAACACAAGAAAAUCCCAGCAGCUCUUAAAGUAUGUGCCAGUACAGAAGACUCAUCAAUGAGUGGUUACUUACAAAGAUCAAAGGGUAGCAAAAAGCCCUGGAAGCAGAUGUGGUUUGUGAUAAAGAACAAAGUUUUAUAUACAUAUGCUGCUAGUGAGGAUAUUGCAGCCUUGGAAAGUCAGCCUCUACUGGGAUUCACAGUCAAAGUCGUACAGGAUGAGAGCACCGAGCUGAAAGCCAUUCAUCUGCUGCACAAAAACACUUUAUUUUACAUCUUCAGAGCUGAUGAUGCGAACACAACAGAAAGGUGGAUUGAAGCUUUUCAAGAAGGAACAGUAUUGUAACACUUGGAGACCUGCUAGUUAUAUGGACACUACAUACUGCCAUAGCAUUUUUAUAUAGCAUUUCAUAUUUUUGGAUAUUCAUGUCUUUUUUUGAUCUUUUAUACAUUUGUAAAUUAGUUUGUUCCAAACUUCUGUACAGAUUAUUUAUUAAAUACAGAUUUCAACCUGGUUGAAUAUGUA